AUGCCGAGGGCAGCCGUCGGCAUAGCCUUGGCCCUCGGACCAGGCCCACGCCGGGUUAAGUGGUCGAGCCGAACCACGCCCACGCACGCGAGCCCAAUCCCCUCCACCCCAUCCGCCCGGCAGCCUCCCCGCGUCGCCACCUGCCCUGCCGCCGCCGCGCUGCCCCGGCCUCCCCGCCGCGCGCUGCCCCAGGCCGCCACCCGCGCCAUCCACCCUCUCCUCCUUCCCCCACCCCUCGCCCGAGCCUCCUCCCCCACCCGCGCCGCCCCUGCCUCCCCGCAGCAGCCGCCCCCUGCCUCCCUCCCCCCCCCCGCAGCAGCCUACCCCACUCGCCGCUCGCCAUUCGCCGCCCCGCAGCAGCCACCAUCUGCCUCCUCCCCCACCCGCGCCGCCCCCUGCGUCUCGGGAGACUGA